CGCAUGAUACAUAAUACAGGGCUAUCUACACUGAUUGUCAUACAAGCAAGCUCUACUCGGAAGCUUGAGGGUCAGGGUUAUGAGAGUAUUCCUUUGUCGGAAUCGUGGCCGGCAUGAUCGGCAUGACGACAGAAGUUGCAAUAAUAAUCUCACUUGAACAUGCUCUGGCCUUCCUUUUAGGCUCAUGUCACACCGCGUGGGCCUCGCCCACUGCCUUGGGAGAUCGACUAGAAUUUGCCUCACUCGAUCCUUUCAGGUAGUCACGUCAUAAGAACAAUGACCGGGUCGUGGGUGCCGUAUAUAUACAGGCAGCCAUUUGGUCUUUGUCACGAUGCCACCGAAGCCGGCCGUGACUGACAGCUCCAUAUCUACUUGAGUCAAACAUGAGCUAUUACCGGAACGAUACCUCUCUGAAUCAUGAGGCCUUUGGUCAACAGGGCCACCGGAGUAUCCAGUUCAGGCUCUUGCCCAAUGGCGAUGUGCUGAUGCAGUACUCAAGGUCAGUACUGCAUCCUAAAAACCAUCAGAUCCUCCUACCUGUGCGCUACUACUUGGUCAAGCAUGAAUGGUUUGUUCAGGCCAAAGACGAUGUUAUGGAAGGCGGAAAUGGUGGUCACCGCUGGCCAGGAGCUCAUGACAUCAAGAGCCUGAGAUGUAAAGGAGGACAAGAGGCGAUCCUUCGUCUCCUUCAAACCCGUCUCUUUGCGUCAGAAGAGUUCGCUUAUGUAUGGAGAUCCGAUGCCCUGCACCCGCGAUUCCCGCCAAAUGCUCCGCAUGGGGAAGCAUUCUGGGCGAGGAUUUGGUCAGCAAAGGGUCAUACGGAGGGAUGGUGGCAGGGAGACAAGCAAGAACAAUGGUGCAUGCAGCACCAAUUGCUCAUGCUCCGGUCACAAAAGCCCGACUGGACAGAAUCUUGCCUUGGUUCAGUGGCAGACCUACCUCCCUUAGUUGAUCCUCCAGGGACUCAACAGUACACGGAUAUUGGUUCUUUUCAGAGCCGAAGUGAUACAUCUGUCUCCGCUGUCAGACCAAGCUACCACCUUAUAUCUCAUGAGGAAGGCGGCGAAACCAUUGUCAAUGAGAGCCUUGAAUUGGAGAUGGCUCGAGCGUGUCUUGACUCAUCGUUCGGGUUUCCCGUACCCUGUUUUAUCUUGUCCUGGACGUGUGAUAAAUGA